AUGUCGUCCAAAACGCCAUUUACCAUUACUUACAACAAGCCUGGAACUGUGCCUCCCGUUUUCCUCGCAGGCUCCUUCUCCGAUCCACAAUGGCAACUCCAAGAGAUGGAGUGUAUUUCUGACCAAAAUGAAGGGCAUACGUUUCAAUCCGAAGUUAUGCUUGAGCCUGGACAGGACUACCAAUUCAAGCUUCGUAUAGGGCAUGAUACCUGGGUUUUGGCAGAGAAUUACCCCACAGCAACCGACGACUCUGGUAAUGAGAACAAUGUUGUACGCGCACAGAAACCCGCAGAAGAACAAAUUGCCCCGGCUGGCAUUGAUACACCGGAAAUCAAGUUGAACCCUGCCACACAGUCAAAUGUGACACCUUCGGAAACGAACAAUGUCGAGAGCGACACACUAGAUUCCAAGGUACCACUAUUCGCACAUGAGUCUCCAAGCGACGAUGUCGAACAAGAUACCGAACAAGACAACGAAGAAAACAAGAUACCCUUGUUCGCGCAUGAGACCCUGGGCAACGAUGUCAAGGACGACGACUCUGAGGAUUUUAAGGCUCCUCUGUUUGCCCACGAAUCGCUUGCCGAUGAUUCUAAAGACGAAUCCGAGGAGAUGAAGAUGCCGUUGUUUGCUCAUGAGUGCUUGGGUGCUUACGAUUUCGGAGAUGACGCAGAAUAUGACAGUUCUAUGAACGCCAACAGUAGCCCGAAACAGACCUCCAAAGUCAAAACAAUGCGCGAUAAGACGGCCGAACUUGACGUGAACGACCCUACUCUCGAAAGCUUUCCAUCCGACCGUGGUUCAAUCCUCGGUACCAUACGCUCCAUUCAGACGCACCUUGGAGAAGACCAGACUCACCUCGACGACAUUCCCUCGUCACCUCGUGUGAUCUCGUCUAGAAGAACUAGUCUGGAUUCUAAUGAUGACUUGUGCUUGUCCCCUGCGUCUUUCAGUCCUACCAUUACUAGAAGACGUGAUAGUAGACCUUCUCACAGCUUCGGAAGAACCCGCUCGGCCGUAUCUCUGGGGUCAAUAGAAGAGGAGCCUAAACCUUCUCCCAACAAACAAUCGAAGGGCCCUCCUAUCGUGUCUCUGCCCAACCCCAACUCGAAAGACAAAGUCUUUGGGCAAAAGUCGCCCCCUAGCGAGGAGGACGAAGCUGUUGUCAUGAAGACGUCUGAGGUAAAGCCCAGUGCGAAGACAAGUGGCGAGCCACCAUCUCAAGUUGAAAGUUAUCCGGCCCAGAAUACCCAACACGAAAAAGCCCCCAGCGUCGUUACAACCGAACAGAUUCAGGACAAUAUGCAGUCCGAAGCAGUCGACGGUCGAACGAAUAAUGCUCCGCUCGCUGCCAAAUCCCUGGAGCACGAAAUGCCGUCUGGCACUGAAUCAGGAGCUGUCCACUCUCUACAAGACACCCAGCCUGCACCGAUCCCGAAGAGCGAGAAGGCAGUAAAGAAGACAAAGCCUUCAGGAGAAUCGUCCCAGCCCCCUCGUGGGAACGUAGUACCUAUGAUAAUCACAGCAGGGGCACUCGCAGUCGCCAUCGGGAUAGGGUGGUGGCAGGCUGCUGAUCACUAG